AUGCACAGUAGCUCAGUCAGGAAAAAUACGAAAAAGAAAUGGGGAGUAGUAAACGGUCGUUCGUGCCCGAUCCUACCCGACGUUUCGUUGGAAAGGAACAACGAGCCAAUUUUGCCAGCUACGAGGAACCUCUCCCACGUCCGGGUCCUCCACUGUGUGAGGCGCGGCGCGACCGCCAGAUCCCGUCGCCCGCCCGCUUCGUUGAUCAUGGGCGUCCCCAAGACCAAGUGGUCCCCGGAGGAGGAGGAGGCGCUCCGCAAGGGCGUGAAGAAGUACGGCGCCGGCAAGUGGCGCUUCAUCCAAAAGGAUCCGGUGCUCGGCAAGAUCCUGAACCAGCGAUCCAACGUGGACCUCAAGGACAAGUGGAGAAACAUGUAUCCCGGCCACAGCACCGCGGAUCCCAACCCCGACUCGGUGAGAUCGCGACCCGCCAACACCCGCGUCGACGCGAAGAUUUCAUCUCCCCUCGGAAGCCAUCCAUCCUGUCCCUUUGGCGAUGAGAGUUUUUGGUUUUUUUUCACCCUCGCCUCGCGCACUGACUCGUCCGCCCGUCCCGCCUCUCCCUCCCAGGACGACGACGACCGCAAGUCCGGCAGCAGGUCCCGCGGCAAGAGCGGCGGCGGCGGCGGCCGCGCGGCGUCCGACAGCGGCGGCUCCCACCACAGGCGCGGCGGAUCGGCGAAGGAUCACCCCGCGAAGCGAGCCGGCGGAUCGGGCAAGGAUAACAAGGACCACAAGGACCACAAGGACCACAAGCGCAGGAGGCACGAGAAGACCGCGGGCGACGCCAACGGCACCCACGGCACCCACGGCACCCACGGCGCGAAGGGCUCGGAACAGGGCUCGGAACCGUACCUGUUUUUGGUGAAUGGGCAGUACAGGACGGCGGAGGAGGUGACGCGCGACGCGGCGAGGGCGGUUCGCGAGGCGGAGAGGGCCGCCGCCGCCGCGGAGGAGGCUGCGGAGGAGGCUGAGCUGUGCGAGCGCGAGGCUUGGGAGGCGGAGAGGCUGGCGAACGAGCUGCUGGAGGAGGCGGAGAGGCAGAAGCGCGCGAGCGACGCGGCGGCGGCGGCGACGAAGAUGGGCCCCGCCGCUGCCGCGGCUGGCGCGAGCACCAUCUUCGCCGUCUGA